ACCAACUUUGCUAGGUUACCAACACUCAAAAUACCAGCUAGCGUUUGCCAAAAAGAAAUCAAAUUGGAAUUAUUGUACUUUUAUUAACACAUACAAACACUAUUUUGAACGUUUAUGUGAAGUAGCUCGGGCUUUGGUGUCUCAUUUCGCGUCUACCCUGUUUGUGUUGCCAUAACGCAGAUAAAGAUGUUGUCUGCUGGAGAUGUCCGUGGCUGUCUUCGUAAGCUGGAAAGUCUGCUGCGAGUGUUAAAGUACCCAGGAAAUGUCGACUACAAUGGCCUUUCCAAAGGGGAUCCCUCCGCUUUUCUACCAAUUGUGAGCUUCACCCUCACCUCCUUCUCCCCACCCUUUGCUGAGCAACUACUAGAGGCUGGACUGGAGCUGACUGGCAAAACUGACCUCCGAUUCAUUGACACUCUUUAUAAGGUACUGCGAGACAUCUUCGAUUACAAGCCUAUAUUGACCAAGCAGCAGUUCCUCCAGUGGGGUUUCUCUCAAAGGAAAAUCUCUGUCAUCUGUGACAUCAUUAACCUGGUCCUGCAGAAACACAACCAACUGAAGAAGCCGAGAGUCAGAUGUCCUGUCUCGCACAGGGAUGGCAGAGGAGAAGCUCUUUCAACGCUGACUGAUGCAGACACUGUGUCCAAGAGGCCAUUUGUUGUGAACCACAUGGAAAAUCCCUCCACUUUUCCCACAAACUCCUCCCAAGCUGACGCAUGCUCCUCCAAUAAUGUAACCCGUGCCUCUGAUAAUGAAGUCCACUCCAGUUCUGCUGAAAAUGGGAUCAGAGAGCUGGCAGGACAGGAGGAGGACAAGGAGAACAUUCUUAAUUCAUCAGAGGUGGAGGGAAGGCUCUCAGCACUGGAAGCUCAACAAGAGAUUCUUCUGUCUGGGCUCCAGAGGCUCAGUAUCCUUGAGAGACGCCUGGACGAACUUGACAAAUGGAGAAACACAGACAAGUAUGAAGAACAAGUCAUCACUGUAUCCAAGAAGUGCUGGGAAAAUCUGAUGAGCAGGGUCCUGUUACUGGAAACUAAACUAGAUCUGAGCAAUGUACAGUUAAGUGUGCCGCCGCCAUGUCCGUCAUCUGCCUCUUCGUGUUCUUCAGUUUCCACAUCUGAUGCUUCAAAGGAGGAUCUUAAGGAGAGGCUAGAGAGGAUCACAAACAUGCUGAAGAGCACCUCCAGUCUGCUGAAGAACACUGAAUCCUCCACAAAACUGCAGAUACAUUAUGACAAAUGAUAAUCAUCUAAGUUUGUGUUGAAUGUAAUAACACACCGCGAUUUUAGUGCACUUUUCUAUCAUCUUAGCAUUGUUAAUGUUCUUUAUUAAACUAAAUUAUCACUAUGAUGUGCCUCUCAGCUUGUAACUCUUCUAACAAGCUAUCUGUACUUAAGACGAGCCAGGAAACUUCUGUAGUUGCUUUAACUCAGGUCUCAAAGGAAGUGACUGUGAGGACGAAAUAUUGUCAACAUGGAAAUGAAUGUCUGGUGAUAAAGGCUGAUGAGAGCAAAACAGAUGAUUUCCGCUGUGUUAACCCUCAUCAA